AAGCGUAGCCACUUCAUUAGUCAGGGCUCUCCUUUUGCACCUCCUCCUCCCAUCCAUCCUCCCUCCUGUCAUUCCCUCGCUGCUUUUCCUUCCCCACUCACUCGUGGAGCCACAGAGGCAGGAGCCGCUCUGGCUGGACAGCACUGAGCCUAGCGCAGGGUUUUGACUCAGCAUUGAUGAUGAGGAUGUGCUUUUGAGGCUGACCGCAGUUGUUUGGCGCAGCUUUCUCGCGCAGUAUCGCACCGUUUUUGCUCUAAGAAUGAAGAAGUGAACAAUCUGUGGUCACAGUCAUGGCUGUCCAGGCUGGCAUCCAGGUUUGGUUUGGGGAGAAGUUCGACGCCCCACUGCUGAGCCCCAGGAGCCCUCGCAGCCCGUUAGCCCAGCGCCACGGCCCCGGCCUCACAGACGUCUUCCAGUAUGACCAGUGGCUGGCCGUGCGACAUGAAGCAACCCUGGUGCCCAUGCAGGAGGAUCUGGCCAUCUGGCUCACAGGCAUGCUGGGCGAGGAGGUGAGAGCCGAGUUUUUCAUGGACGAGCUGAAUAACGGCGUGAAGCUCUGCCAGCUCAUCGGCGUGCUGCAGACGAAAAUCGGCCAGAGCUGCCCCUCCGCACUCUGCAAGCUGUUCCCCACCAGGAAGAUUGCAUGCAAGCGCGACGCCUCUCCAGGUUCCUUCUUUGCUCGAGACAACACCGCCAACUUCCUGGCUUGGUGUCGCCACGCUGGCGUGGAGGAGACGUACCUGUUUGAGUCCGAAGGCCUCGUGCUGCACAAAGAGCCUCGGCAAGUGUGUCUCUGUCUGCUGGAGAUCGGCCGCAUCGUCUCCAAGUAUGGUGUGGAGCCUCCGGUGCUGGUGAAGCUGGAGAAGGAGAUAGAGUUGGAGGAGACUCUGUUGAUGACGGAGGAGCCACGGCCAGCCGUCAAAACCUUCAGCGUGUGCUGCCAGCACGGCGGCCUCUACCAGCCGGGGGAGCACGGCAUGGACGACCCACCCUGCAACUGUGCAAACAGAGUCUCCAUUGAGUACCUGUCUGAGGGACGCUACAGACUGGGAGACAAGACCCUCUUUAUUCGGAUGCUUCAUGGGAAACAUGUGAUGGUGCGCGUCGGCGGCGGCUGGGACACGCUGCGUGGUUUCCUGAUGAAAUACGACCCGCUGCGAGUGCUGCAGUUCACCACUCUGGAGCAGAAGAUCCUGGCCUUCCAGAAAGGCCCCCCGGGCCUGGGAGGUCACCAUAGCAACGCAGCUCCACCCCCUCCUCCUGACAUGGACCCCCUCGCCGCUGUCAACAAGCUCAUCUCCCCGUCUUCCUCCUCCACCUCGUCGUCCUCCUCCGCAGCGGGUCAGACGUGUCGGUCCCACGCGGCCUCCCCGGCAUGCACGCCCACGCUGCACCGGAGAGGUGCUGCUGCCACAGCGCCGAGGAAGAACCUGCAGGGGGCGCCUUCUUCCCCCAGGAAGCCCACCCAGCUGCCCCUGCCCACCACCACCAAAGGUUCCUCGUCUCUGCCCUCCACGCCUGUGGGAGGAUCCUCCAAACAGUCUCCCGGCCUGGGGUGUCGCCGAGCUCUGACUCCAUCCUCAGCUCCGCCACGUGCUCCCGCAGAGUCUCGCCCCGCCUCCAAACUGAAGCUCCGACCAUCCCCACGGGGCCCGGCCCCUCAGCCCAGGAGCCCUGUCUGCCCCGAACCGUCUUCCAAGUGCCCCAAACCCUCCAGCCCGUGCGCCUCCUCCGUCGCCGCCUCUGUGCCUCGCCCGGUCACUGCACGAGCCCCCGCCUCUAAAGACGGCCGGCCCCCAUCCGGCGCCGGCCAACGUGCUCGCCUGGCACAGCGCCGUCCCGGCUCCCCGGCCUUGCGCCUCCGUCUAGAGGCCGCCAGGCGGGUGCGCAUCGCCGCGAGGACCGCAGCGACCCCAACUCCCCAAACCCGGACCCCCACCUCUACCCCCAGCUCACGGACAGCCUCCCCCGCACUGCCAAAACCUACCUACUCCCUGCCGAAGAGCAAAGAGGUGACAGCCAAGGCCAAGGGCCCGGCCUCGACCAAGGUGGCCGCUGCCCCUCCACGCGGCACAGCUGCUGCCCCCGGGCGGGUCCCCGGGGGCAACAUAGGCCCUUCGCCCAUUGGCAAAGCCAAUCAGAAAACACCAGCCACAGCACAAAGGGUGGGGCGAAAGCAAGCCACCGUCACCACCAACAACCCCAUCAACAAGAAGGCCACUCUGAAACCUGAAGCGACUCCAGGACUCGCCCUGGCCCAGCAGAAAACCAGCCCCAACGUCAAAGCUGGGAAGACUGAGGCCAGCGCCAGGAAAAAGAUCCCCCAUACCAAGGACAAAAGUGAGGACGCUUACUUUGAAAUGAACAGCAGGAGGAGGCCUAAGACGUAAGGGGGACGGUCGGUGUGAGGACUUCCCCUCCGCCAGCGGGCCGGUCUUCUCCCCAAACAGCACUUGUUGGGACUCUUUCUGUCACUAACCGUCGUCAAAGAGCUGCUCGUUGUAUUUCUAUUGUUUUUGUAUGUUAUUUAAUAGCCUUUUAUUUUAAUUAUUUUUUUUAAUCCAAAUGGUCAAAGGUGUCAUGCUUUGUGUGUCUUGUCUUUGUGGUGAUUUCAUUGUCUGUUUUGAGCGCUCAGCUAACCUGGUUAACCGUAAAACUUGCACAGUGUUUACAUUUCUGCUUCUGUUACAAGUAGCUACAGCCGUUGUACAUAUGAGUUGGGAUUUUUAAAGAACAUCAUGUUUUGUUUUUUUUAUUAUAGAAAAACCAUGUUCAAAAGCAUAUGCUAACCUCUUUUUAAAGCUUUAUUUUUUUAGCCUAACAGAAGAUCCCAGAAUACAGCCAUGAUUUUAGUUAAAGGCACUUAGGUGGACAUUUGAAGGAAACCGGUGUGUUUUUCUCCAUGGGUCCUGUUCUCUCAAACAGGUUACCAAAGUUAGGACAUUUCUGGAGUUGAAUGACACAACUGGAACACAAAUCA